CUGGUUCUGUUUGCAGAAGCUAACAUCAAAACCACCGCUUCACAAUUAACCUCAAUGUGUUAACCCAUGGGACUUCCCUUAGAUCCCCGCCCUCCCCCGGUUUUGCGUAACACUGAAGCAUUAGCCUGUGGGACACUUAUAGUAACAGUCGGACUAAUCAAAUCUGGGAUUUGUUUUUAAUUGUAUGUAGCCAGUGUAUCAUUAAUGCAACCAUUUGACAUUUUGGGGAAUAUCUUAUUCCAUUUAUAUCUUCAGUAAGAUAAGAUGAUUUAUAACACUCUCUUCUCUGUCAGUUGAAUUAAGAUGGUUAGCUUAGCUUAGGCUAGAAACAAGCUAUGCCAGUUGAAUUUUAUUUUGAAGAAGGCUGGACACAGGACAUGCAAUGUGAGAUUAGCAUUGUUCAUCAGAGUCUCCAGAGCAACAACUGUUACCUUCCAUGUUUCUUAUUGACAAUGGGUACUUUUAAUAUGUGGAGUAAUAGAACCAGGACUUGUUUAGAUGAAAACUGCAGGUACCAGGCUGCACACCAACUUCUCAGUAAGGUAACUACUUUUCCCUCGUUCACAUUAUCAGGUUAACUAAUGUCACUGGGUUUAAAUCCACACAUCCUCUGCCAUCCAUCGUCUUGUCAGUGAACUGUCCUCACCUUUGUCACGCCACAAGUUGAAUGUGACUCACAUGGCAAGCCUACUCGGCACACUUUACUACAUUCAGAGAGAGCUAGGACAGCUGAUUCCCCCUGUUUCCAGUCUUCAUGCUAUGCUUAGCUGAGCGACAUGUAAAUAUCUCCUAGAAUUAAGAUCAUUAUGAGAGAGUGGUACUGAGCUUCCUAUCUUACUUUCAACAAGAAGGUGAAUAUGUCUACUCCCCGAAAUGUCAAACUAUUCCUCUAAGUAUUUAUUUAGCAUGCCUCAAUCCAAGAAUAAUAUUGUAUUUUUUUGUUUUUGUUUCAUAGACUAUUAGAUAAAUUUGCCUAUUAAGUCCUAUUGUGUCAUUGUCUGGAAAGAGUAAAAUGAAUAAAAAAAUGUAAAACGUACAAAAAAUCUAAGAAAAAAGAACACGACUGCCGCUUGAGCAAUGCUGUUGGAAAGAAGAGUGAUGUGAUGCCUCUGUCAGGGAAUAUUUUCAUGAUACCGCCAUUGUUUUCUGCCCACUGCAUGGCUUCAUGAGGGGGUCUGUAGGCUACCGCAUGAUUACGUUACCAUAUUUUUUAGAAGUUAAGAUGUUUUAUGUGAAAGGGUACAAUGAAAAUAUGGUAUCAGAUUUGCACAUAUAUAUAUAUAUAUAUAUUUAAAAAAAAAAAAAAUAGGUGCCAGGAAAAAUAAUCGAGCACAAGGACAGCCUUUACAGCUCACAGGUAUUGAGUACACUUCUAUAUUGUACUCACCAUGAUAUUUUUUUCUUGCACACAUCACCAUGCUGACACUCUUUUCUGCCCUCUCCACAACAUCAGGCUCGCUGGGCAACUCAUAAAGGCCCUAAACAAACAGUAAUACUCAGGGGGUAAUACGUGGCGCCCACCUGGUCCCGUGCAUGCCUGCUUUCGGCGGCGAGUCUAUGUUUUGUUAACCUGACCGUAAUGCUUGUCUGCCUCGCACGGGGCACCAAGACAAUUCAAACAAAGUCAGCAUUUACACAACAGAGCCUUGACAAUUACCCAAGGGCAUCUCGACCUGAUGACUUAACGCUGCGUUCACAUGGAUUCAGGCAGACAGCAGACGGACAAUGCCCUGUGGUCAGAGGGCAAAAUGAAACUUGCAUGAUCGUAAGUUGCUAUAUUGAUAUCCUCCGUCUUGACCAUUCACCACUUUUGUCCUUGCGUGAGGGAGUGAUGAAACAUCUGGCUCCAAUUUGAUGGUUGAAUAUUAAAAUAAUAUUUUAACUUUGGCCUAAAAAUGUACACUCAAAAAAAGCAAACUGGGGGUCUGCUACCUUAACCUAAAUCCAGUAUGUAACUUAUAUUAUAUAAAAUCAUGUUUUAGAGUUGAACAUUUCUAAAUUAUGUAGUUUUAACAAAAGAUACAACAAUUUAAAUUUACUAGACUGAUUUAUGUUAACACAACAUAAUUCUAAUGGAUUAAGACUGCAAAUCACUUCUGUUUACAACUCCGGAGCAUGUGUGGCAGUAAUGAGCAAAUUCCUAAUCAGUAGUGCCCCUCUUUAAUCAUGGUCAAAGGUGUGUCCCUGGCGGGCAAAGAGGAGCAGACAUUUUGAGAAGAGACAGCACAUGUGGAAGAAGAAAUUUGUGGCAGUAAACGUGUCCAGUGCCAUCAUACAAGUCACCACCAUUGGCCAUACUCCUGUGAAAGCGUCCUCUUCUGGCAUCAUCAAACAAGAGUGACUGCAGGAAAAGGGAGUCAUCUGCUAGUGUCAGGGUCAGUGUAGACAGUAAGUUUGUACACAAAUGUAGUGACAAACUGUUUAAGAUCAAGUAUGGUGAAAAGGGAAAGAUGGGAAAUGAAAAAUGUUAAAUGCCCAGAUGUUAGAUUGUACCAUUGUGUGUUACUGAUAUGUGGAGGUGCAAGGAGUGUAGUCUAUCUUUUUCGACUAGAUAUGAUCUACUUAAACAUUUAAGACUACAUCACCGCCAUAGACGACUUCACUCAUGCCCAUAUCAAAACUGUCCAUGCAAUUUUAAGACGCAAAAUGCGUUGCGCAUACAUUUAAGUAGAGUUCAUCCUAAGCAAACUCAAAGUCAGGAGCUCCUGGAAUUGAAAACAUUUUGUUGUCCUUUGUGCAACUGUAGCAAUAUUUCUACAGAGAGGGACUUUUUCACACAUAUUGGCAUUCAUUUUAAGAGUCAUGAAACUGUUACCUGUAUGUUUGGGGAUUGUACUUUUAAAACAAAUAUCUAUGCAACAUUUCACUCCCACAAGAACCGGAAACACAACCCCCAUACAUUAAAUGAUUUUAAACCAGGGAUAGUGACAACAACCAGAGUUUCACAAGAAUCAACUGACAGUGCAGAGGACGAUACACUUAACCCAGAUGACUGUGUAGUGGAAUUAAACAGUGCAUCUUCAAAUAAUGAUGAUAUAAGCAAGACCCUGCCUGACAUUAUUGAGCAGAACUUUGCUGCAGCUUUGCUUAAACUAGAACAUUUCGCACAUGUGCCAGGCACAAAAGUUGAUGAGUUUCUACAGGAGCUACACUAUUUGUUAUGCUCAGCUGCAUUUCCUCUCACUGUUAACACUAUUGAAACUAUGUUUCAGAAACAUGGCUCCGUACCUGAAAAGUCAGUGAUAAAAGAAGUCGCCACAGCCCUUGCCACGUCUCACCCCUUGCUAAAAUCUAUAGAGAAAGGUGGCUCUUUGAGCACAUCAUAUCUCCGAAACAAAUUUUACAGGGAGAACUUUAAUGUCAUUGAACCCACUGAGUACAUGCUUGAUGAAAAGGAAAACAAAAGCUUUCAGUAUGUGCCUUUACUGAAGAGCUUGCAACAGCUCUUCAAUAGGAAAGAUGUUGUGGAUAAAGUUGUUGAAAAUCACAGAGCACAUCAGAGUCAUGGGGUCACAGGAGAACAGUGUACUUAUAAAUCAUUUCAAGAUGGCUCUCACUUUAAGGGAAAUGGUUUUCUUUCAGGGGGUGAGUUAAGAAUCUUGCUAACUUUGUACAUAGAUGAUUUCGAGCUGUGUAAUCCUCUUGGCACUUCGCGCAGGAAACAUAAGCUCUGUGGUAUCUACUGGACUUUGAGUAAUUUGCCACCAGGCUCACAUUCAGCACUUUCUGCGAUUUACCUGGCAAUCUUGUGCAAAUCUGAUAAUGUGAAGAAGUACGGUUAUGACAAUGUCCUGCAUCCUCUUCUUCAAGAUGUAAAAACACUUGAGCAGGAAGGAAUUUUUGUCCCAUUGCUUGGUAAAUGUGUUAAAGGCACAAUUCAAGUUGUUGCAGCGGAUAACCUCAGUGCCCAUAGUGUGGCAGGUUUUAAUGAAAGUUUUUCUGGUGGGUACAUCUGCCGAUUCUGCACAGCAACACGGGCAGAGAUCCAAACAAGAGAUGUGAAAUCAGGUUUAUUUGAUCUGAGGACUAAAGAACUACAUGACUCGCAUGUGCAUUCAGCCCAGCAGAACAGUUCAAGCUGUUUUGGGGUGAAAGGCCCAUGUGUAAUCACCAAAAACCUUGCCCACUUUAAUGUUCUGACUGGUUAUCCACCAGAUAUCAUGCAUGAUGUCUUUGAAGGCAUCGUACCUGUGGAGCUUGCACAUUGUUUGUCACUGCUGAUAUCCAAGAAAUAUUUCAGUCUUGAGCUUCUGAACAAGUCUAUCCUUAGUUUUCCCUUCAAGUGGUCAGACAAGACUAACAGGCCCCACGUAAUUCCACACACAUUCUCAAAAACAAUCGGGGGGAACGCUCAUGAGAACUGGGCUUUGAUAAGAUUUCUUCCAUUCAUCAUUGGGCAUCUUGUGCCAGAAGAUGAAAUGGCAUGGCAAAUUUUAAUGGUUCUAAAAGAUGUUGUAGAGCUGGUGGUUGCUCCAACACACACAGAAGACUCUGUUGCUUACCUUGAGUGCAAAAUUUCAGAGCACCGCAAAAGAUACCAAGAACUGUUUCCUAAUGUGCAGCUUCUACCCAAACAUCAUUACCUAGACCAUUAUCCUGGACUCAUCAGGCAGUUUGGUCCUCUCGUUGGUCUCUGGACUAUGCGAUUCGAGGCCAAGCACAGUUUUUUUAAGCAUGUAAUUCGACACUCCAACUGCUUCAAAAACGUGCCCCUCUCGCUAGCUUUUAAGCAUCAGCUCAUGAUUUCGUAUCACAUGAGAGCAUCCAGUUUUGAAAAGCCUGUCCUUGAGCUGACAAAUGUCUCAACAGUUCCUAUUGAUGUUUUAAAAACAGACAUUGUUGAGAACAUUGAACAAAGAUUUCCUGGUACCAGAGAGGUACACAUGACUCGAUCUGUGUCAACCAAAGGUGUAACUUUUAAAAAGGACAUGAUUAUAGCUCAUGGGUCUACAAGUGGACUUCCUGAUUUUGGACAGAUUGUUCACGUUUUUGUUAUUCAGGAGAGACUGUUUUUUAUGGUUAAGAGACUUUGUGGAUGGUAUAGUGAGCAUUACAGGGCUUUUGAGCUCACGUCAUGUCCAACCAAAGACACAGAUCUGAUUGAGCUUAGUGACCUAGCAGAUGACUACCCUCUGGCAGACUACUUUGUUGGAUCUCUAAGAAUGGUGACAUUGAAAAGACACAUACAUGUAUAAGAUUGUUGAUGAAAUGGCUGCUCCAGUGAAGCUCAGAGUCAUCCUUGGAGAAAACGAUUCCCAGAGACUGAUCCUGCAGGACGGAAUCCCAGAGACUAUUGGUGAACUUGUUCAGCACAUUAAGAGGCAGUGUGGGGUAGAGGACCACUUCAGGCUGCAAUUUAUGGAUGCUGAGUUUGGCAAUGAAUUCACCAACUUGACUUCAGUGUUAGAGAUCCAGGACAAAAGUACCUUAAAGCUUGUCUUUGAUUCAGCUCCCGCUGCCUCUGCCCUGCCUGGUGGCUCCCCACCUCCACCCUGCUCCACUCCUGCCACAUCAUGGUCUGGUGAUGACUCAUCACUUUCAUUUAGUAGCUUGUGUGACACAGACAUCCUGUCUUCUCCUGAGUCCACCCCUUCAAGAUCCUCUGGAUGGCCUGUUGUUUUUGUUGUACCCCGUUUCCCAUAUGAUUGUCAGCUUCAGCUGGACAAGGCCAAUGCGGCAUUCAAAGAAAGUGGAACUUUAUUGGAUCCAGAUGUUAGACUUAAAACUGCCAUUCUUGACAGUUUAGCUGAGGAAAUUGUUCGGUACAAAGUGUACCCCUCAGACAGUGAGUUUGAAGAGGUUGCUGAAGCCCUUGUGUCAUCCCAUCCAUGUUUGAAAGAGCCAGGCUCUGCCACUGGAUAUGGUGGCUGGAAGGUGAGCUUAAAGUACAAACUUGCUAACUACCGGAGGAAGCUCAAGCGGCUUGGAUGUCCAGAAGUUGAACUGAAUUCGCUGACAAAUAAACCUGCAGACAAAUGCAGUCCUGCUUAUGGUGUGAAGAAGCCCAGAAGAGCAGAAGUAAAUUACUGCCCCACCUACCCAUCUGAUGAAUCUGCAGAGACACUUGAAAAAAUAAGAGAGACCCUGCUUUUAGAAGUAAAGAAAAGGAACAAUCAGGGCACAGUGGCGGCCAUGAUGGAGAAGACCUUUGCACACAGAAGGCAAGAGGUUAUUCGUGAUGCACCCUUGAUUGCUGAUUUCAAAACCAAAUGGCCGGCUCUCUUCUGUGUACGCGAGCUAACUGCUGAAUUCAAGAGGAUUACAACCGUCAGUUUGCUGCCAAAGUUCUUCUCCCAACUGGAUGCUCUAUCUUCAAAGCUGAUGAAGGUGUUUUCCAAGAAAGGGGGCGGUCAAGGAAGAAAGAUCAAGAGCAUCAUGAUACCCAUCACCCAGACCGAUGCCAUUGAUGUCAGAAGAGAGUGCAUCAUCAAAGCCCUGUGUGUCUACUUAAAUGAAGAGCCAGAGAACCUCGUGAAAGAAUACAUGAACACAGAUGGUGAAAGCAGUGAAGCUGCGAUGAUGAAGACUACAUUUGGAAUAUUUGUCAUUCGCAAAGAAGAUGCAGAGCCAAAAGAUGGACCGGAAGAUGUAGGUAUCAUUCUGGAGGGCGUGCAAGUUCUGGAUGAGCUCGGAAACGUACCACUUGCCGUGGGAAUGUUGUUCGCACUUGUAUACGCGCUCAACCUCAGCUAUCCACCAGAGCUGCGAUACACCUUCGAAGCUUUGCAGAAGCUUAUCAUGGAGCUUGAUGGAAACCGACUCUCAAAAAAAAUUCAAACACUGAAAACACUACUUGCACGUUAGUCAUCCUCAUUAGAGUAAACUACUGUUCAGGUAGCAGUGACUCUAUUUGAAGCCUUUCAGGCAUUUACCUUCAAAUAUGAUAAGCUGUUGUUAAUGUGUUUUGAUACUUUAAACUGUUGAUAUUUGGAGGUUAGAGGAGAAUAAUGUUUAGAAGUGUUUCUUUAAACAAGGGAAGGAAAAAAAAAGUUGUCAAACAACAAAGUUUUCUUUUGAAACUUGAGAUGAUGCACAAUGCUGUAUUUAACAUUUUUCUUUGCACACAGUUGCCAGGACCGUAUUCUGCAUAUAGCUUCAUAACCAGCUUUGAUUUGUUUUUUGGUCAUCAGAAAGCUCCAAAUAUAGACACCUAAUACUGGUUGUUUAAGUGGUUUACACUUGAAAUUUGAAAUUGUUUGUAUUUUCACAGCAACAUGUUUUCAGCCAAUUGCUUGAAAGUGAGUUUUGCCAUUUCUGGUAAAGUGUUAUUCCAACAAAUCCAGUUUGCUUCGUGUUUUUCUUUUCCAAAACUUGACACCAGCUUGGGGAAAAUAGGUUGACAUUUGUAUAAAUUGUGGAAUAUAAAAAUACUGUUAAAUUAUUUAUUUUAUUAAUAAUUAUGGUUUUGUUGACUCAGCACAAUUAAUUAAUGUAACUGUAUUUAAAAUAAUGGUUGCAACUACCCAUUUAAAUUAAGUAACUCGUAAUUAUAUCAUACUAGUUUAAAUGGCCCAACAAAAAUAUGUUAGUAUGUAACAUUUACCCUUGCAAAUCUAGUUGGACAUAAUCCUAGUAAUUAAGUCAUAGUAACACAAAUGCAUCAUGUUGAUCCAACAUAUUUAUAUUUAGGUCACUCGACAAAAUUGUUUCUGGCUAAAUUAAAGCAUUUUGUUUAGGUGGAAAUUAUUUCCAUAAUUUUAUUACGUUCUGCGAACAAAUGAUUUUUUUGAGUGUACAUACAUUAGCCACGCAUUAGCUCCAGAACGUGCUAGCGCUAAAUUCAGCAUAUUGAGCAGCACGAUAAACAAUUCGUGCACAGACUUCAUCCUUGAACAGUGCUGGCACUUGUUGAGAAAGCAAUGACGGUAUCGCAGAAUCCACGUCGUAGCAGAACAUGACACCACUGACGGUGUCGUAUACUGUUUUACCACGAGCCCGUCUCUGGAUGGCAGUGCUGUCUACGUUAACAGUUACAAAGUGAUAUCCGGUUUGCCAUCUUCUCUCUGUCUGAAUCCAUGUGAACGCUGCUUUGAUUGUACGUAAUUAUUUUUUUGCGAUAAUAAUUCAAAGUGUGUGUUGUGAACAUCAGCGAUAUCUCAUAAGUUUGUUUUGUUCACUAACUCAGAAUGUAACACUUAUUGAUUUAUAGCGUGAACACAGGGAGUACUGGCACGUAUUUUUUCCCACUUCAGACACUGAGCAUGACUUUCACUCUCAAGCGAAAGUUCUUCUUUCACAGCUGUUUUAUUUUCUCUGUUUACCCCCCUCCCCCACCCCCCUCUGUUCUUCCUCCUCCUCCUCCUCUUCCUCCUCCUCCUCCCUCCUGCCUUCCCUGAACUGUUCUAGGCUGACGUCUGAAGUCACUGGAAUGGGCACACUCUAAUUUCUACCCAUCUUCCCUCAGUGCAUCACAUGACCCUUGAGCAAAUGGCAUUGCACCUAUAGUUUAUUUAUUUCUCUGUAUUUGAAUUGUCCUGAUAUUUGAGUGACUUUUUUAUAAUUUAUAGUAUUUACUGUAAACGUGUGUAUCGGCACUGUUACUAGGACUCCUCACAUCUACCCGAGAACCCUGUUGUUUCUGUUUCUGAAAGGUCGCUUUUACUUUUUUGACACUCUAGUACCUUUCAUGACAUCUCAUGCACUGCACUGCUUUGUUUUACCUCAUGUUUCGACGCCUCACUGUACCUUUCUUUUUUUCUUUUUCUUUUCUUUCUUUUUUUUUGCACUGCAGGCACCUGACAGUCGAUGCAAAGUAAACUUAAAGAUUUAUAUAUCAAUAUAAACCAAGGUCGUCCCUCCUCCUCCCCCACAUUUUAAUAUAUUGGCACAUUGGUUUUUCCACAUUUAGACCACUACAGUACCUGUGUCAAUGCAUUACUAAACACAAAAGCUCAAUAAGCAACCAGAGUUCACUUUACACUAAUCGCGAUCGAUGAAAUCAGUGAUUUACUGCGUGCCUGUAGACAUAUGCCUGUUUGUCUUAGUGCUGUAUGUACACUACAGAUUGAUAUGCAUGACACACACUGCAUCUCCAGUUUGUCUAAAGAGGAAAACUGAAUGGAAGACGGGAACGGAGCAAGCCGUCAUGAUCUGGAUGUAUUACUCCAAUUUGAAAUGACCCCAUGGUUACAGGCCAAUAAACAGCCACAGUAAUACAUAAAUAUCCAUCUUUCUGAGGUUUCAUGCGAGAUCUGCCUCAAAGGUCGGGUUGAGAAAUGAAUAUAGUGCAGGUAAAUGACUGCAGCGGAGAGUGAAUUCCAAAUGCAUGCUAUAAAUAAACCCCACCUUAUUCACCUAUACUCCACAAACACAUAAGCCAUUCAUGUUAUUCCUGCUGCCAUCUCAUAACAGCUAUGUGUAAGAGGCCGCACAGGGAGGUCUGAGAACUACCUAGUGUAUAUUUGCACUCACAUAUAGCUCAUAUAAGUUUUUCAGUGUAUGUCGUAAGAGCUCAAAAGCUCCUAGGAAGCGAGUCUCUGUUAGUCAGUCAUGUCUAAUUUCCAGUUCCUUCCUCACACAUGCCUUGGAGGGAACAAGCCACUCCACAUACAGAAAAGGUUAGCAUGUGUGGCACACCGGAGACAAGCUUUUUAAACAUAUGGCUCUACAGUGAACCAGUUGCUGGUUUUGCGGGUAAUGUCAGCAAAUCAAGCUACAAAGAAGCUUACAUAUACAUGUAUGUAUGACUGUCUCAGCGGUUGCCAUCAAAUAUCUCCUUGAUUACACUAAGUUGUAUAUCUGUUACGGCUGUUAGCUCGUCUUUACUUCAAAGUUCACACAUACCCAACAUGCGUAUGUGUUCAAACUAAAGCUGAAUGUAUUUCAAAAUAUGUUUGUAAGUGCAAACCCAAUCAGCAGAAAAAUAAUGUUGGCAAUAUACGUUUCUGCAAAGCACAGACAUGUUGAAGCUUUUACAUUUUGUCAUGUUGCAACGUUAUGUUUCUUUAGGUUCAGUAUUCAGUUUCAUCUUGUAACAGUGCUUUUCUCAAACGCCACUUGGAAUGGAUUAAGUCAAGAACUUGUUUUGGCUGGAGAUGUCCCAACCUCCUGUCAAAAAUAUACAUUUUUUUCUCGCUAUAAACACUGGAUUUAGUUUCGAGGUCUCCAUAAAAGCAUCUAGUGACUUCACUUCACUUUCAAAUAUUGAAACACAGUCUUGAACUGCAGUCACUGGCUUUCCAGAUAGCAAAAUUGUUCACAUGUUCAUCCAACAUACUGAUGGCACUUGGGCCACAGUUGAUUUCUCUCCUGUUGUGCUGGAUCAGGUUUAGUCAGUUCAGUUCACAGUGGUGUGUGGCCUGAUUGUGGUUGAGAUCUGGCAAACAAGCGUAGCCCACACAAGUGCCACCAUUCCAAACAGUGUGUGGGCCAGAUGAACACGUCUAGUACAACCAAACUAUCUCGUCAGGUUAACGUAUUUGGUGGUUUGCAGAAACUUUAACCGCCAACAUUUCAUCCUGGUGAGCGGGCUGCUCACAUUUACAUGUCAUACUCGAUUUAUAACACCUUUAAUUGAGACUGAUGAAUACAGUCAGUAAAAAUGCUUAUGUAUCAAAAGUUUUUUAAGUUUAUCAAAAGGUGGGGCAGGUUAUUCUCAAAAAAAAUAUAAUCUACAGUUUAUUACACAAGUUACAUGCAAAGUCAUGUAAUGUGAUUGUUUCUUAUUAUGCUAAAUAUAAAACAAACAUAUAAAUGGAUUUUAAUAUCCGCAGCAUUCACUUAAACUAGAGGCUGUAAGAUUAAGGGUAUAUCUACGUCUAUCACUCCACAGUCAAACAUUACACUCUAACAGGUAUUAAUAUGUAACCUAAUGCCUGUUUGUAACUGACUGCAGGUAGCUACUAUUUUUAAUCCACUUUAACUUUAUACAAUGACACAAUUUAAUCCCAAAGCCUGCAUAUGCAUUACUCUAGUGAUAAUAAUAGAAAUGACGUUCGGGGGAAUAUUAUUUGCGUCAUUGCACUUUGGGCUCAGGAUAAAUUGGCUUUUGGUUAGAGCGAUUAAACAUGCUUAAUGUAGAGUAUGUAAGAGUCAGCGUGAGUCAGUAACACAAGGCUGCUACAUGUAAUGCAUUUACAUUUCACAUUUACCCGUUGUUUUACAUUUACAUUGCGAAUGUAAAUUUGUGCAUUAGCGCUCAUCUGGCCGCAUCCAGAUGUGUCUCAAAUGAACAAACUGAGGAACAGGCGAUCGAGGGCUAAAACGUCUUUAUUGUGCCAUUUACAAAACGUCUCCAUCAUCCACAGCAUCUCAUUAUCGGCUCAGUUGAUUUAAUAUUUUCUUUAAAGUGCACAUUCUUGGUUGUGUUGUGUGUCUGCCGAUUGUGUGCAGGCGGGCUCACAGUGAUGCAAUCAUGCCACUUUACAAACAUCUCAGUUGCCUUUUUCCGUCAUACUCAUGGCAUCGCUCAUGUGCUCAUCAUUCUGCAAUGCCGUGCAAGGCCAACAACCUCCUGUUCUAUUGCUUUUUUUCAUUUUACUGAUCAACACGUUUUUUUUUUUUGUUACUGUGCUAGAGCAGCAAAAAAUUAAAGGUUAGCAUUGUAUGAUGCUGUUUGAGGGAAUGUGUCAUGUUUAUGUUUGAUCAUUUACUUCUUGAAGGUCUGUAUUGGAUUUAUUAUUUAUUGAGGUUGAUUCUGAAAUGUUUUGUAAAAACAAGAGAAUAAAAAGUUUGUGUUUUUUCCCUUGAA